AUGGCUGACACAAUCUCCAAACGUUUCAAUUUCAAUGAAGCUGAAAUUAGUUUUAAAGGCUACAUAACCUGGAUCUCAAUCGAUAUCUCGUUUAUGCUAUUCAUCAUGAUCUCAGUGAUGGUCGUAAUCGGCAGCCUAGAGUUUCUGCAGAGCCUUCUGCUCGGGAAAGCGUAUUUAUCAAUCAUAUUCGCCUUACUUGCUAUGGAUUUGUAUUGUACUGCAUUGUUUUUCGAGAAAAUUCGUCGAAGCGUUUUGGCUGUUCACAUACUUAUUGGAAUAGUCGUCCUACUGCUAUCCGUUGCAUAUCGUUGUACUUACAAGCAGCUGGUCGCACUAAUUAUUUUCGUAACUUUGAAUGCAACAUUGGCAUUAUCUGUCUGUAUCAUAUUUGUAGCGGUUAUUCUCAAAGGAUUGAACUGCAAAGGGUUGUUGGUGUUCCUUCUACUGAUCGUUUUCAUUGCGUUCGUGGGAAUUCUUUCCCUUUUGUUUAAUCAUUUGCCUUAUCCAUACAAUGGUUUGUUCAUGACGGCAAAUGGACUGCGAUGGUGCUUCACAUUUAUUGAUUUGGUAGUCUGUUCUGCAGUCAAUCAAGCAUUUUUCCUAUGGUUUUUUAUUACACUUAUAUUUUCAGCUAUUUAUUGA